AUGGUCUGGCCCAGAACGAAGGAUGGCGACGACGACAGCCCGGCUGCUGGCUCCUCCCCGGCCUCCAACUCCGAACAACCAUCCUCGAACGAACCAAGCUGGCAGGACUCCGGGCUGUCCACGACUAUCUCCACUUCCACCUACCCUCCCUUCCCGCAGCAAGCCCCCGUCCUACUGGCGUACAACUCCUCAAACGACACCGCAUCAUCGCCUCCUCCAGCCAACUCCUACGAAGACUACUACAACUCCAUACCAUCCGCCCAGCCUCGCUCCCACCACUACUAUCCCCGGAUCACCCACUCCAUCUCCGCAACCGCAACCGAGAGCUCAACCCAGCUCCCAUCCCCGCCAGACUCUGACUUCAUCCUCUCUCCCACCCCGCCAGAGCAGGGCCAGCAGCAGGCUCCAGGCGGCCCACUCCCGCAGAUGGGCGGGCAACUCUUCCACGACAGUUUUGAUCACGCACGUUCGGAUUCUUCCCGACAAAAUCCGCCCGCCCGCCAAUAUCCCAGGCUAUCAACGGUGAAGAGUGAUGCCGAAACUUUCAUUGACGAUGACGAUGAUGACACAGCGCUCAACUCGAUUCUUGAUGGUGUAGGGAAAAUGCAUAUCACGAUGGGACGGGAUAAUUCAGGACGGUGGCGGAUCAGGCGCACAGGCGACACUCUUGACUAG